AGAACAGGGUCAAUUUAAACAGUUAAACCGUUAUUCAAAAUCCAGAUUUUGAAACUAAAUUUAGUAUAAAUAUUAAGUUUACUGGUACCUAAACUAUCAUUAACAAUUACUUACUUGUUAAAGCAAAUCAAUUCACUAAACAAAAUGUUCAAAUUCGCUGUUGUCAUCUUCGCUGUCAUUGCCUGUGCUGCUGCCAAACCCGGUUUUGUUGCUCCUUUGACUUACACUGCCCCCGCUGCUGUAGUAGCUGCCCCUGCUGGUGUUGUUACUGCCACCAGUAGCCAAGUUAUUGCCCGCAACUAUAAUGGCAUUGCCACCGCUCCCGUUGUUGCCCCCGUAGCUGCUCCUGUUGUUGCCAAGACUGUUGCCUACACUGCCCCUGUUGCUGCUGCUUAUACCGCUCCCGUUGUUGCCAAAUACGCUGCCGCUUACUCUCAUCCUUUGGCUUACUCCGCCCCUGUUGUUGCCAAAUACGCCGCCGCUUACUCUCAUCCUUUGGCCUACUCUGCACCUUUGACCUAUGCUGCCCCAGCUUUCUUUUAAAAACUCUUAUACAGCGAAUUUGAAUUGAUGUGAAAAAAUAAACGAUUUAAUUUA